CGCUGUUUUUAUUUUGAUGUCUCUUUCAAGGCAAGCGUCCGGCUACGCCGAGUGUAAGCAGCCUGUUGAAUGUGAUUAUUCGAGGAAAGGAGAGAAUAUUAACUGAAACGGACGUGACAGUAGAAAAUAAAAGUCAAUAAUGAUUUAAGACGAAGGGGGAAACGAGGUGGAAACGUUUCACUGUGUUCGCGUUACAUUUUAGUAAGAAGAAGUGAAGUCUCACAAAGCUAUUAGCAUCAUGUUGAAGAAACUUCAGAGGGACAAGGACAAGGAGUUUAAGCACAUAGCCCACGGUUUGAUCCCUGCAGCCUCCAUUGCUCCAAAACCUGCAGUGCCUCGUACUCCACCCCCCCGCAGCCCUGACCCCUCACCCGAAAGGCCCAGGUCAGUCUUAGCAGCAGCCAUCCUGUCUUCAUCUCUCACCGGUCAGACCUGGGCCAUCCCUCCUGCCAGACCCAGAUCUUUCUCUGAGACACCGAGAUCAGACUCCUACCUAUCGGAAACAAACCUCAGCACAGCAUUUUUUAACAGGGACAGGUGGUCAGAAGAUCUGGAGAGUCAUCGUCACCUGUCCUCUGAUGACCAUUCAGAUAAGGAGUUAGAAGCCAAAGGAAGUGAGGAAGAUGAGGAUAAAGAAGACGGAGAGGAGGAGCAUGUUUACCAAACCCUGUACAGACGGGAAUCAACCAAAGAACCUAUUUAUGCCCUGCCACCAAAACCUGUGAACACAACAUUCCAGCCAACUCAGAGUCCUGUCAGAAGAAUGCCUGACCCAGAUUUCACUGAGGAAACCAGUGACCAGUCUCCUGAAGCCAGCACUUCUAGGAAGAAAGUCAGGAAAAUCUCCAGCCGCCGGAAACAAGACGUACCAUGUGGUUCAGCUGCACAGGCUAUCCUAACCACAGAUGUCCGCAGCCCGGCCAAACACCAGACGGACUCCACCCAGACAUCUUUAGACCCCAGAGGGGCUCACGGUGGAGUGCAGAGGGAGGAGCCGCAGGCCCUGCCAAAGAAAACUAAAAUGUCAAAUGAACAAAAGCCACUCAGGGAGAGAUUGCACAGCCCAGAGCAGGAGAUCAGUCAAAGCCAAACUUCUUCAACCCAGAGGUCUUUUGCAGGGAACCAGGCAGAGCUACAGAAGUUGAGGCAACAGGCUCAGGAGCUGGUGGGUGAAAACGACGUUCUCAAACUGACGGUUCACCGCCUGAAUGUGGAGCUCAGCCGCUACCAAAGCCGCUUCAGACCGUUAUCCAAACAGGAGAGUUCCAAAAUUGGUGGUUUACCGAUGACAGAGUCUCCUCCUCCCUGGUUGGUUGACAUGAAGUAUUUGUCUCCUCUGCUGCUGGCCUACGACGACAGGAUAAACGAGAAGGAUGCACUUCUGCAAACCACGGAGGAAGAGGUGAAGAAGCUGCGUGUUCACGUGGAGGAGGUUGUCAAAGAAAACAAGAGGCUCUGUGAUGAAAUCACAAAGAUUCAAGGCUCCAGCCCGACCGACUGUCAUCAAAUACAGCAACAGGCCUUUUUAGUUUUGCAGGAGAACCAGGUUUUGAUUGAGAAACUGGAAGCUAAGCAGGAUGAAGCCAAGGCCAGUCUCAGCAGACACCAAUCUGAAGUUUCCAAGGUGUCUAAGCAGCUAAUGUUGCUUGAGGCAGAAAACCAAGGUUUGAAUAAGGAGCUGGAGGGAAGCAGAACAGAAGUAGAGAAAAUCACCCGGCAGCUCCAAGUACUGCAGGCUCGCCUUCAAGAUGCUGUCAGCUUUGAUGAGCAUUGCAACAUUACUGGAAAACUCAGAGGGCAGCUGGAGCAACUGGAGAGCAGUUACAAGAGCGAGACGGACAAGCUGCUGCUCCAGGUGUCUCGUCUCCAGGACGUGAACAGGAAGCUGGCCGUGGACAAGGCCAACCUGAGUGCAGACGUGGAGAAACGGGAAGCUGAUCUUGAGCUCAGUAGGCAAGAAAACAGGAGGGCUGAGAGGCAGAUGGACGUAUUAAAGCAAGAGAAAGAAGCGUGUGUGUUAAAGAGCGAGGAGGUUCGACAGUACUUGGGAGCAGUCAUUACUGUGGCCGAGCACAUUUUCAGGGAGCGAGACCGAUUACUAAGCACGGUAUGUACUGACACACCAGACACACGUACUGCACACCAGCUGCUGAGGUCACACUUUUGCUCAGACUGUGGCAACGUUCGCCUGGGGAAACUUGAGGAAGAAGUCAAAGUGUAUCGGAAGCAGGCGUCAAGCAGACUGGCAGCGUUGGAGGAGGCAGCAGAGGGGAAGACAGCUUCUUACCAGAGGGAGAUCCUUCACCUGCAGAGGCUGCUCAGAGACAGACACGAGGCUGAGGAGAGACUGCUGCAGUCCAAACGAGAAAUAGAGGAGGAGCUGGAGGUGCUGUGGCAGGCUGCCACCAGGGAGAACCAGCAGAUCAGAAAGACUCUCCUGGACUCGAAGGUCAACGCCGGCCUGAAUGUCACGCCUCAGACUUCAGACCCAGCCACCUCACCCCAGCACGCGAGGAGGUCCACGUCUCAAUCUGAUUCCGAUGAACUGAGCUACUAUAUAAAAGAAAAGAAGAAUCUAACCUUGGAUUUUUAUUGCUGAAUUUUGCACACACAAAAAAAUAUUUGCAUGUUGCAAAUAUGCUUUUAAUCUGAUGUGUUUGGAACAGAAUUACUCAAUCUUACACCUGAUUUUUUACAGUACCGCCAAAUAUUUAAUUGAUCAUGACGUAAUGUGUUUUUUUAUUUAUUUAUUUUUUAGUUCCAGGAUUUUAAUGGAUGAGUUCAACACUAUGUACAAAUGUAGUACUGUAGCUGCAAAGAGAGCUGUAGGAUGUCAAAACAGAAACUACAAUACCAAACACAUUAAUGCCACCUACUGGACACAUACAGUAUCGUUACUACUACAGUGCAGAAAGAUAAAGAGCAAACAUUAAUAGUUAGAUGAAGAUACAGAUGAUUUUAUCUUCAUAGAUCAUUGAGUAACAAUGGAAGCUGUGCUUUUAACAAUGUUCUCGAAUGAUCGAGAACGAUUUUUUUGUAAGAAUUACUUUGUUCUUGUGACAAAAAUGUAUUUGUGUGGAGGCAAAUAAAAAAGGAGGUUAUAGUUUGUUAUAGGUUAAAGUUGUUUUCUGUGACCAACGUCACACCAACAUAGUCACCCUGUUGCAACAACGGAUCAGCAGCUGGAUUACACUGGAGCCACGAGGCCUUUCUGUCUGUGCAGUACCACAAAUCCCUGCUGGUGAUCCAACACUGGUCACUGUGACGAUGCCAAAAAUGAUUCACAGAUCAUCCAUGUUACAUCAUCAAGCCUCUCAGCAACCAUCGCCAGUUUGAAACAUAAGCCACAAAAAC